CUCAAUUGCGCUGUGGUCAUCGCUCAGUUCAUUUCAAGUGGUAUCGUGGCGGGUAUUCAAGCCGCGUGGAGCAACUACCUUGUUGCAAUGAUCAUCUCAACAGUCUGCUCUUUCAUUGCAGCAGCCGUUUCGAUCGUGUUGUAUUUUGUCAAGACCAAGGAUGACGACGCACUCCUUAUCAAUCCAGAAGAUAAUAAUAACUAA